GCGGCAUUUUGUGUACACACUGGUUUUAGUUUACCAACUUUUGUUUAUGACAAUUCGUAAAAGUUUUCAUAAAUUUUCGAUGCUCUCUGAUCAUGCCGAACAGCUGCAAGAAAUCAGAGAGCUGUGGGAGUACCAGCUCGACGCCCCGUCGUGGUCGCAAGCGUGGACGACAAAGCGUGGAUUCGGAACUGUCCGAGAAUAAUUCUUUUGACGACGUUAAAGAAAUAGACCGCCGGCUAAAGAAGGUGGCCAAGGAGAGCUCCACAAGCUCGGUGAGGAGUGUAGUGCGCAAUGAACAUGUCCUGGCUCUGGUCACCCUUAAGGGGGAGGAUGAUGUGGCCAAGCAGAAAGUGGAGCAGGAGCGACGCAGCGCCAUCAUUAUAACAGAUACGCCAUCGGUUCCCAAGUUGACCCGGGCUAAGGCCAGGGAACUGAACUGUACGCCUAACAUUACACUGCCGCCCCUCAAUGAGACACCUACAGAUGGACUCGAGGCCCUGAUUAGUCAGGAUUUGCAAUCGGAUGAGGAGGACGAGGAAUAUACGUUCAAGGAGGAUGAUUUCCAUUCUGAUGAUGAAGGCAACACAACUGCCUCGGACUUUGAUUCGAACCCCAAUACGCCCCAGACGCCUCUUGCCGCCAUGGAGGAAUCUCCAGUAAAAUUUACAGCUGACGGUUGCUUCAAGGUUCCUUUUGAUCCGCCAGGGAAUUUAGCUAUUGGGGAAGAUCAUCGCAUAGCCACACGGACACGUUCCAAACUGUGCUUGCAGCAGACAACAAUUGAGGACUUACAAUCGGAGUUUGUGCCCCCGGAUGUGGAGCAGAGCGAUAUAUUGGAGUAUGAAAUGACUGCCAACGAUACCGAGUGGAUGCAGUUCCUCAACGAUUUCAAUAAGCCGCUGAGCAAUAGUUUUGUUGGCGACGAUGAUGAUCCAAUUAAUGAUCCAGAAUAUGUGGCUAAUGAUAAUGUCGAUGCGGAAUAUACCGAUGCCGAGGAACUACGUGAUGCAAAUAUUUCAAAAAAAGAGUUAACCGAUUUGGUUUCCGAAUUGUUUGCUGGACUUCUUCAAGAAGGAAUCUCCUUGGAUUCCAUAGAACUCGGGACACCUCAAAAAUUUCUAGAAGAAGCGGACUCCAAGACAAUGCCUUGCGCCAUGUUACAAGAGAAUAUGCCUCUAGAAAUCCAGCCACUUGUACAGGUCAAUCCCAAUCCCAUUGAUCAGGUUACGCGACAAAUUGAUUUCGAUAAUCCAGCGGCUACCAUGAUGACGUCUACCUGUUCCGAAUUGGAAUCUUUUCAACCCAAUGUCAUGUCCACACCAAGCUCUAACAAUAGGAUGUUGUUGCCUGUUCCUGUGGCAGAUACAAGCAUUACCAAUUCCAUAAAUCCCGGACAGAUUAUAAACAUUUCCACAAACGAUUUAGGUCAGCCUCCUGAAUUGAUUGCUGUACCACUGCCCGGUCAGCCCAAUUGUUUCCAACUGGCCAAGGUUAUAGCAACUGGAGGACCAUGUCCUCGCGAGGAAUACAUUGCACAGGAAGCCCAGGAUUACCAACAGCCAGUGGCCCCGCUUGACCAGACUAAUGGUAAAUCUAGUCCAGGUCGUUAUACUAAGCCGUAUGACACCAACUUUACCUAUGAGUACAUCUCCGUGAGGAAACACAUUUACUCCGAAUAUGAAGAGGAAUUUGAGAAUCUAAAACACAUGCCGCCUCCACCUGUGGAACCGCCGUCCAAUCUAAUGGGUUUCACUCAGGACCAGCACGAUAUACUCCAGCAACAGUUGCGCAUUCAUACCCAGUUGCUGGCCCAGAAUUUCCUACAAACAUACUCGCAUCCUACACUCUAUCACCUGGCCAAGAAGCCAAAGGAAAUGCUCGAGGAACUGCAUAGAAAGUCUUCCAAAGAUGCCUCAUUCCAAGCCUGGAACCUUCCGGGUGCUAUAGAACUGAUUCACAAGUGGGAGCAGGAUCUGAAUGACGAUGCUUACCAGGAGGAGAAUACCAAAAUGAUGGAGUUCAUCAACAAAGAGGCAGAUUUGACUGACGGAAAUGCUCGACAGGUGCCUCGACUUGCUCCACGCAUUAUGAACCUCAUGCUGGACAGCACGGUUUUCAUGUACCCACAGUAUUUGCCGCGCAUGGCAUUCCAACCACGGAUAGUUGCAUUUACGGCCUAUGCUCCAACAGAGUAUCAACUGAUUGCCAUGGGUCUAGAGAAGCAUAUAGGAGCCAUACGUGCAGCCAAGAAGCCACUACGGAAGAAAGCCGAUCCGGUACGUGUUUCCUGCAUGCGUAUUGCCAAGGAUAUGAUCCAUGGCAAGGAGGGACGACGUGUAUUCUUUAAGGUUAACGAACUGCGUGCCAUGGAACAGUAUAAUCCAGUGAAAUAUUACUUUGAUUAUGGCCGAGCCCCACCAAUUAAGCAUGUGCUGCUUGGCUUUCACAAUGGACAAGUACAGACGCCCAGAGAACGUUACCAAGAAUUACCCAGUGGUUGGAAAUUUUACUUGCAGAAAAAGUGGACAACUGCACGUGCCAAGCGCACUACAAAACCGCCACAGGUGUCAUCUUUGGCAAGUGAAUCCUAUUUGGAAUUUGUGCGCGAAGCAGUUGGCGAGGAUUUGCUAUUACCCGAGAGUUUGGGAGAGGCAACAAUCCCCGCACCAGCAGAUGGCAGCGCUACAGAAUCACGAGAAAAGCAGGCCAAGGAGGCAACGCUAGCAACAGCAAAAACCUCAAGCACUCGAACAAAGUCCAAACGGCGCUCGAAUCCUUCAUCCCUCACUAUUAAUGUUAAUUACGUCUUUGGGGGUGGAACAACUGUGCUCGGUGCUGGCGCCGACAUUGGUGGAGUGGGAUUAGGGGCUGGGGUGUCUGUGCCUUUUCAAUCCAGUGGUAGCUUGGCCGACAAUGUGUUGACAAUCAAUCGUUGUUUGGACAAUGCAAGCAAUUGCAGUUUAUUGGCUUUACCACCGCCUCCGCCACCAUUAGAUGCAGAUGCUCCGCCUGCUAUUAACUUUAGAUUCGAUCCGGAUUCACAAGCAUUACAGAUUACCGAAUUGGAAGAGCCCAACGCCGUCGAAUUCGAGGAGGCGGCGACCCUUUUACCUGCAUCAAUAUCCUCCACCACAAACGACAGCCAUAAAUCGGCCAAGGAUUGUCGGUUUUGCAUAUUUAAGCCCAAAAUACAAGGACGUCGUCGUAGGCGAGGCGACAAAGUCUCACAGAGACGCCGACGUUCACGAUUGUACAAUUUGCGUCAACGUCGACGUCAGAAAUUCCAGAAACGUUGCCAGGCCCUAAUUCACUCGUACUUGGACUACCUGCAAAAUAAACUAUCCAUCCACGCCCGUUCCCAGUCUGUGCAAGUCUAUUACAGACACUUUGUAGCCCUCGAACUGUACACACAUCUCCUUGUGGAUCUGAAAAUGUUUUGCCGCACCAAAGUCCAGUCUACGCAACAGAAAAGGCCGCGAAUCGAUGAAGAAACAGCCAGGAAUCGCAAAGCCAAUCGGCAGGAGGAGAUGCUACGUCAUAUGCUUCAACCGGAUAGCCGUAAUGAAGCCAAUCGCAAAGAUGCCAUUUUUGCCCACAAUUUUUAUGAUAAGGUGGAAGAGGCUCUCCUGAAUGCCGAUCGUCUGGAUGAUUGUCAGAAAUUUAAUAAAUUAUUGCAAAACUUUGAUCCCAAAAAGGAUAAGGUGGCUGAUCUUUAUUUGAAAGUGGAGAAGCUUUUGUUACCCGAUCUGCCUGAACUGGCUGAGGUUUUCCUCAAUUUUCUUUUGCCUGCUGAAGCGGCGGAAUUGGGAAAAUUCUUCGAGCAUUUUAUGAUUACAAAUGCUCAUAAUUUCAUAAAUAAAUUGAAUAUAUAUUUUUGUAAGCAACCGGCACAGAUCCGUAAGAUCUAUGCAUGCCUGAGUGAACUGGCCGAGUUGCCCAGUGUCAGCAUGAAAAAGGUGGAGAAUAGGAUAAUGCCAUUGCUGAAGGGUAAUCAAUUUCUGAUCGAUUGGUUUGUCCAGCAAUUUCCCCAGGCCAAGCCGCCAAAGAGAAUAUUGCCACCGGUGGAGACAGUCAAUAUGCAUGAGGUCCAGAAUAAUACAACGGGUGAAUUUACAGAGAUGGUUAUUGAUCUGCUGGAUGCACCAUUGGCGCCCACUAAGGAUAAGACGCCGGCCUGCCAAUUGCGCUACAUAAACGGACGAAUAUUCUAUGGUUCAAAGAUUUUGUUGCCCGCCAAAUUAUCCUUUAUGGCAGCUAGUAUUUACAAUGAACAGAAUCAUGAUGAUAUGCCUUCAAUGGCCUCGGGACCGACAGCUUGUAUACACGGCAUACGGACGCAGGGAGAGAAACUCAUUGGCAUGGCCCUGUCGGCGGAUAGCGAUGACAAUGAAGAUGAAGCCAGUCGUUCGCUGGUAAUAGACACCACAGGCGACGAGGACAACAGUUGCUCCUCCAUCGAGAUGUGCGAUGAACUGGGACUGCGGGCUCAUGCCUUCCGUUUAAAUGCCAGUCUCUAUGGUAGUCAAAAUAUGGGCAAUGCCACCACCAGCACACCCAAUGUCGGUCAUCAUAGUCAACAUCAUCCGAAUGCUAAGAAAACGGCCAUCCAUUUUGGUGAAACAUCGCCACGCAGGCAAACCGGAUGCGGAGUCAGCCCUUUGCCACCAUUGGGAGGCCACAAUAUAUCGCAAAAUGAGAAACGCAAAUCACCGAAUAAGAAAGUAAAAUCUCCUCUGACACGUCCUCGCUAUAAUCUCACUCCCAUGGUGGUCAUACAUGAGUCCCAGCAACAGCAGCAGCAGACGAUUCAACCGCAACCGGCUGUAAUUUCGCCAGCCAUUGAAUGUGCCAAGCGUUUACGUUCCCUUAUUGACCAGGAUAACGUGCGCGAGGAUGUCGAUUCAAAGGCCAGCAUAAGUAUUAUAGCGCAGGCUAAGCAAACAGCCAGAACGCCAACUCCCACAACAUGUAAAAUCGAAAUGGAUACACAAGAUGAAGAUCAAGAAUUUCUUCCAGAGUCUCCACGAGGCAAUGCCUCGAUUUCCAUAUCCUUGCCCUUGUCACAGCAAUCUUUUCCAGCAAUUGUAAUGGAUGAAACGGAUUUGGAAGCGCCUCUCGAAGUGAGCAGUGGUGGCAAUACGCCGCAGCAUGUAAUUACUACUCAGUUCGAUAGCGAUGAGGACAACAAGCUUGAUGUGGUGGCCACAUUGGCCAACUUUACUCAGGAAGAGGGGCCUUUAGUUGCCCAGCAGGGUUCAACUCUCAAGAGGGAAUCCUCUCCAGCCGGGACCAGCGCGUCAGCAGCUUCCACAACUAAAAAUCUAAGUAGCAAUAGUAAUAAUAAUAAUAGUAGCGCAAGUCCAACUGUCGCCUGGACACGGGAGGAGGAUAAGAUUAUAUUGAUUGAAAUGAAGAUAGGGGCACGCGAUCGUGACCAUUUGAUCAAACGCAUGAGCUCGAAGCUUAAGCAUCGAAAUGAGACCGAAUUACGAGCACGUCAUCAGUUUCUCAUUGAUUUCCUGUCCAAAUUGCAGGGCAAAUGAUUAAGUUAAACUCAAAUUCGCUUUUAAGUUAAGUGCUAAGAACAAAAACUCUACCACUUAGGACAGUUAACAUUCAUUGAUAAAAUGUUCUAUCCAUUAAAACUCUAAUUUUAAACCGAUUAACCUUAAUAUACUCCAAAAUCCAA